CCAACCCGCGCCGCCUCCUCCUCCCUCCUUAGAUGCUGCUGAUCGUAUUUUGUGUGGCGAUCGAGCAACGUGAAUCGUUACGCUUCAAAAUCUUAUGGCCACUUGCUGAUUUUUUAGGUCAAGGGAGCAACAUUUUGGGCCUUGUUGUGGACCCCGCAUUCCUGUACGCGAGCCAAUCAACAUUUUGCACAGCAAAUGUUCUGACGAACAACAUCUUCCAGGGAGGCGUGGAGAUCUGUAACACCAAGCCUGCCGGGUCUCCAGAGUGUCUGAUAGUUCAGGUCCUAAUUCACUUUUCUUCGAAUGGGGCAACGAGAAUCGGAAGAAUCUCAGUGCAUCGUCAUCCAUUGCCUUCAGUCUUCUCGUAGCCAACUGUUGCCAUCACGUUCGGUUUUUGUUGGC